CAACAUUCCAGACGAAGAAUACAUGGCUUGUUUGUUUAUCUUCUUCUCUGUCCUCCUUCUGACAAUUUGUUCCGCAUUUUCCUCUUCGAACUCCGAUACUCUACGAGAGGGCGCAUUUCUCUCUGUAGAGAAACAAGACGACGUUCUAGUUUCCUCCAAUGGUAUUUUCUCUGCCGGAUUUCACCCUGUGGGCCAAAACGCUUACUGUUUUGCCAUAUGGUUCAAUCAUCCUCUUUACAACUAUCAAAACGUCACCAGCCGCACGGUGGUUUGGAUGACCAAUCGUGACGAACCAGUGUAUGAAAAGGUCUCAAAACUCUCACUGCAGAAAGAUGGCAAUCUCGUAUUAACCGACGCUGGUCGACUUGUUAUCUGGGCUACAGACACUGCUUCAUUGUCACCUGCCUUCUUGUACCUUCACGACAACGGCAAUCUCAUGCUAAAUAAUUCCAAGGGUGUUUUGUGGCAAAGCUUUGAUUCCCCCACUGACACUCUUCUUCCACUACAGCUAUUCACCAAAUCCACAAAGCUCGUGUCAUCUAGAAGCGAGAGUAAUUUCUCUACAGGUUUCUAUACCUUCUCUUUCAGUGAUAACAACCUCCUUAAUCUGAUUUUUGAUAAUUCGGAGGUUUCCAGUGUCUAUUGGCCUCCUCCUUGGCUUGUGAGCUGGGAAGCUGGAAGGUCCACAUACAACAACAGCAGAGUUGCAAUGCUUAAUUCGUUGGGCAAUUUUAGUUCAUCUGAUGAUUUUACAUUUUUAGCGACGGAUUAUGGGUCCAUUUUACAGAGAAGAUUAAGGAUGGAUUACGAUGGUAAUAUCCGACUUUACAGCCGAACAAACGAUGGAGCAGAAUGGUAUGUUUCAUGGGAGGCCAUUCCGGAUCCAUGCAAGAUUAAUGGCAUUUGUGGGGUUAACGGCCUGUGUACCUAUGAUUACAGCUCUGGAAGAAAAUGCUCCUGCCUUCCAGGUUACAAGAUGAAAAAUCGUACUGAUUGGACUAAAGGCUGUGAACCAAAAUUCAAUCCCUCCUGCAACAGAAAUGACUCUAAAUUCAUCAGGCUUUUCAGCGUCGAGUUCUACGGCUAUGAUUACGGCUUCUUUCCCAACUACACUCUUAGCCAAUGCGAACAGUUAUGCUCGAGUCUGUGUAACUGCAAAGGCUUCCAAUAUUCAUUUUUCAAUACCGGCAUCAUUAACUGCUAUCCAAAGAAGUUGCUGCUGAAUGGAUACAGAACUCCGAGCUUCUUCGGAGACCUGUAUUUAAGGCUGCCCAACUCCUACCACCUUCCUCAGGAGAAAACCCUUGAAGAAUUCAGUUUGGAAUGCUCCGACGUCACUGCACAAGAGCUGAACAGGACGUAUUCAAAAAAGCACGAGAAUCAGUCGGUGAAACUUUUGUUGUGGUUUGUUACAGGAGUCGGAGGAUUCCAGCUCAUUUGCUUUGUUUCCGUGUGCUCCUUCUUGUUUAUUAGAAACCAGAGAGAGGCACGUGACCAUAUAGGAGGCUACCUUGUUGCGGCAACCGGGUUCAAAAGAUAUAGCUUCGAUGAGCUUAAAAAGGCCACUCGAGGUUUCAAAGAGGAGAUUGGAAGGGGUUCUGGAGGAAUCGUUUACAAAGGUGUACCAUCGGAUGAUCGUGUUGCAGCAGUGAAGCGGCUCAAUCAGGAAGACAACCAAGGAGAAGCUGAAUUUCUAGCAGAAGUCAACACCAUAGGGAGGCUAAACCAUAUGCACUUGAUGGAGAUGUGGGGUUACUGCGCUGAGGGAAAGCACAGGCUUCUGGUGUACGAGUACUUGGAGCAUGGGUCUUUGAAACACAAUUUGUCUUCUAAUGUGCUUGAUUGGAAAAAGAUGUUUGAAAUAGCCGUUGGAACAGCUAAAGGCCUUGCUUAUUUGCACGAGGAAUGCUUGGAGUGGAUUUUACAUUGCGAUGUGAAGCCUCAGAAUAUACUCUUGGACUCUAAUUAUAGUCCCAAGGUUGCAGAUUUUGGUCUGUCCAAGCUACUUAAAAGAGGAGAGCUUAACAAUUCAAGGUUCUCUAGGAUUAGAGGAACAAGAGGGUAUAUGGCUCCUGAGUGGGUUUCAAACCAGCCCAUCACAUCCAAAGUGGAUGUAUACAGUUAUGGGAUUGUUGUAUUGGAGAUGUUGACUGGGAAAAGCCCAACGACUGAUAUUAAAGCGGUGGACGAAACAGGUAAGACAGAGAAUAGGGGAUUGGUGAGUUGGGUGCGGGAGAAUAUCAAGGGAAGUUCUUCUGAUGAGAUUGAACCGUCGCUGGAAAAGAUCAUGGAUCCUUCCAUGGGGGAAGAAUGUGACAUGAUGAAGAUGGCAAAGCUUUUAGUGGUAGCUAUGAAAUGCGUGGAGGAAGAGAAAGGUGGUAGGCCUACAAUGAGUCAAGUCGUUGAGAUGCUUCAAGAUAAUCAUUAGCAGGAUAGAGCAUGCAUUUUAGGUUCUCGAUUUCAUCAAAUAUAUUAACGUCAUAUUUGAUUUGGCAUCUAAGGUUAAUGGUUUUCUUUUUUUCAUUCUGUUCUCCGUUAGUUAAAUUUCAAGUUUUAGCCCAAAAAAAAAAAAUAAUAAUAAUAAAAUCUUUGAUGGCUA